UAAAAUAGCAUAAGGAUGCACGAGACAAGAAAGGUUGUCUGACUGCCUUGGUGGAAGAUAGGGUGCAUUUCAGCGCUGUGCUCUGUGCUUGGUUUCAAGGUGUGAGAAGAAUGUUGCCGCCACUAAGAGGUUCACUGUCCACUGUGCACCCAAGGUUCUCACUGUGUGUCUGAAGAGGUUUGACUGCUUCACUGGUGGGAAGAUCAGCAAGGUUGUAGAGUAUCCGGAGUACUUGGAUCUUCGCCCAUACAUGUCUCAGGCAGAUGGAGAAGCACUCCUCUACUCCUUAUAUGCUGUCCUGGUGCACAGUGGUGUCAGCUGUCAUGGAGGACACUAUUUCUGCUACACAAAGGCCAGCAAUGGAUUGUGGUACCGGAUGGACGAUGAAUCUGUGGAGCUGUGUUCCAUUGACACAGUUCUCAGGCAGCAAGCCUACCUGCUGUUCUAUGCCAGAUGCUCGGAUCUGAGAAUUGGAGAAAGGGCUUCUUCCUCACUGGCACCAUCACAUGCCCCUUCCUUCCUCAGUCAGUGUGCGGCCAGCAGCAAGCAGGCGGGCUCUGUUGGACCACAGGGUCUGACUGGUAGGACUAAGGGCAUGAAGGACACUGGCAGGGAGCGGUCCCGGAGCAGAUCCCCUCUGUGGGGCAGGGAUCUCCGCAGCUGGUCUGUGGACACCACAGACUAUGAUGACUCUUCAGAGAGAAGAACUGGUCCUCCAAGUCGUGACCGUGGUCCUAGGGAUAGCACAGCUGCAAGGCCUUCCAAGAGGAUCUGCCGGUGGGCUCCCGCUCCCAGGGCUGCUCAGGAGCAAACCUUGCUGAGGCAGAGGGAGCCAAGCAGAUCUGUGCGGGGAACUUACAACCUUUGCAGGAAGGACACUGGCAGGGAGCGGUCCCGGAGCAGAUCCCCUCUGUGGGGCAGGGAUCUCCGCAGCUGGUCUGUGGACACCACAGACUAUGAUGACUCUUCAGAGAGAAGAACUGGUCCUCCAAGUCGUGACCGUGGUCCUAGGGAUAGCACAGCUGCAAGGCCUUCCAAGAGGAUCUGCCGGUGGGCUCCCGCUCCCAGGGCUGCUCAGGAGCAAACCUUGCUGAGGCAGAGGGAGCCAAGCAGAUCUGUGCAGGGAACUUACAACCUUCGCAGCCGGUUUGUGCCGUACACAGACUAUGACCGCUCACUGCGGAAGAGAAAGAGGCAGAGAACAAGUCCUCCACGUUGUGACCAAGUCUUAGUGAAUACUGCAGUUCCAGGGCCCUCCAAAGCCAGCUCCAAGCAGGCUCUCAUGCUCCGGGCUGCUCAGGAGCAAACCCGACAGAGGCAGAGAGAGCAGAGAAGAUCAACAUGGCGGGGCUAUGAUCGCCACAGCCAGUUUGGGCAGCACACAGACUACCGCCCUUCAGAGAAGAAGAGGAGGGUUUCCAUGCCCCAGAGAUUCACGUCAGACAAGCAUUCAGGGCACUCUGGCAAUGAUGGCGUUGGAUUAUGGCCCUGGCUCAAGCAGAACGGAAGACUAGCACUGCGUUUAUUAGCCAAGGCAUCCUUAUUUUCGACACGCCUACUCAAACCUGAGUGA